AUAUCAUUUCUGUACUUCAAAUGCUUAUACUUUUUUCAGGUUGUGCUUGGAGAAUAUCACUGGCUAUCAUACAAUGAUGUUUUUAAGAAAGCUAAAGCAUUUGGUGAUGGUUUAAUAAUGCUGGGCCAACGACCAAAGACCAACAUUGCCAUCUUCUGUGAAACUAGAACAGAAUGGAUGAUUGUAGCACAAGCUUGCUUCAUGAACAACUUCCAACUUGUCACACUUUAUGCUACUUUGGGAGGCCCUGCAAUAGUACAUGGAUUAAAUGAAACUGAGGUGACAACCAUUAUUACUAGCAAGGAACUGAUAGAAACAAAACUGAAGUAUAUUGUUUCUCAGGUUCCUCUACUACGUCACAUAAUUACUGUGGAUGGCAAGCCAACGUCAUGGUCAGAUUUUCCAAAAGGUGUUACUGUUCAAACUAUGUCAUCUGUUCAAGCUGCUGGAGAGAAAGCAGAAAAUACAUCUCUCAAACAGAAGUUGAAACCAGUAUCCUCAGACAUUGCAGUUAUUAUGUAUACAAGUGGUUCUACAGGAGUCCCAAAAGGUGUCAUGAUCUCUCAUUGUAAUCUUAUUUCUAGCAUAACUGGGAUGGCUGAAAGGAUUCCAAAUUUGGGAAAGAAAGAUACCUACAUUGGCUACUUGCCUCUUGCCCAUGUUCUAGAGUUAAGCGCUGAACUUGUUUGCUUGGCCCAUGGUUGCCGAAUUGGUUAUUCGUCACCUCAAACUCUAAGUGAUCAGUCAUCUAAAAUAAAGAAAGGAAGUAAAGGUGAUGUGUCUGUAUUGAAGCCAACUUUAAUGGCAGCUGUUCCAGAAAUCAUGGAUCGAAUCUACAAAAAUGUCAUGAAUCGAGUAAAUGAAAUGUCCAGUUUUCAGCGCAAUCUGUUUAUUUUAGCUUAUAAUUACAAGAUGGAACAGAUUUCAAAAGGCUAUAAUACUCCAGUAUGUGACAGCCUCAUUUUCCGGAAAGUCCGGAUGCUGCUAGGUGGGAAGAUACGGGUCUUGCUGUGUGGAGGAGCUCCACUUUCUGCAGCAACUCAGAGAUUUAUGAACAUCUGUUUUUGUUGUCCUGUGGGACAGGGCUAUGGCCUGACAGAAUCCUCUGGGGCUGGAACAAUAACAGAAGUUUGGGACUACACAACAGGUAGAGUGGGAGCACCCUUAGUUUGUUGUGAAAUCAAGCUGGUGAAUUGGAAAGAAGGUGGAUAUUUUAAUACAGAUAAACCAUACCCAAGGGGUGAGAUUGUUAUUGGUGGCCAAAACAUAACUAUGGGAUACUACAAAAAUGAAGAACGAACCAAAACUGAUUUUAUGGUUGAUGAGAGUGGACAGAGAUGGCUCUACACUGGAGAUAUUGGGGAAUUCCAAUCAGAUGGGUGUCUAAAAAUUAUUGAUCGUAAAAAGGAUCUUGUAAAACUUCAAGCAGGUGAAUAUGUUUCUCUUGGUAAAGUUGAAGCAGCUUUGAAGAAUCUUCCCCUGGUAGAUAAUAUUUGUGUAUAUGCAAGCAGUUUCCAGUCUUACGUUAUUGGAUUUGUUGUGCCAAACCAUAAAGAACUUAAAGAGUUAGCAAGAAAGAAAGGAUUUAGAGGAACUUUGGAAGAGAUAUGUAAUAAUUCUGAAAUGGAGAAAGAAGUACAGAAGCUUUUAGCUGAGGCUGCUAUGACAGCUAAUCUGGAGAAAUUUGAAAUUCCUUUCAAAAUUCGGCUGUCCCCUGAACCUUGGACCCCUGAAACAGGUUUGGUGACAGAUGCCUUCAAACUAAAACGUAAAGAGCUUACUGCACACUAUCAAGAAGAUAUUAAUCGAAUGUAUGGAACAAAAGUAAAAUAAUUCAUCCCUCUCUCUUUCUUCCUCUCUUUGUCUUUUUUUUUUAUUUUGUAUCACUUUGCUAUGGUGAGCUCAGAUCAAAUAGGAAAUACUUGAAUUGUAAGUCCUACCACUUGGGACCAACAUAAAAACAUCUCUCCUUCCUUUCAGCAUACGCUGUUACUUCUGAUAAGAUCACCAUCUUUAACUGGCAGGAUUAGUAAAAUUCUAAGACAGCAAAUUUUUGUCUGUCUUCAUUUGUUCCAGUCUUUUGUGCUAUCUUGUUAAUGUGCAGAAUUUCCUAUAAGUCCAUUUGGGCUACCAUGAUUUUGAAGCUUCAGAUUUUUAAACCGGAUUUAUAGAUCCUGUAUAAUGUUCUGUUUAUUUGUAACUUUUUUGAAGUUUGGCUAAAUAGAAGAAGAACUUGGAUAUAAAACAAAUGAUUAUUCUGAGGGCCUUUUUUACAUACAUAUUUAAAUAUUCAAGAGAUAUCAAUGUGUAAUUAUGUACAAUGAAAUCACCUAUAGUUGAAAAUCAUUGUUAGGCAGAAGAUGGAGGUUAUUUGUUGCUGUGCAAUUAUUUUGGAUCAGAUUAUAAGAGAAAUAAUCUGAGAUUCUGACUAAUAAAGAACAGCUGAAAUAUAUGCCUGACAAUUUCCUCCUACAUAUAUAUUUUAUUUUUAAUCUCACAUAAGGAAAACGGUCAUGGCAAAGUGGUGUAUAUAUGUGAGAACACCUACAAAAAAAGAUGUAUCAAUAUUUUAGUCAUGCAGAGAAUGCUCUCACAUAGCAAAUGUUACAUCUGUGAAUCACCUGCCUAACACAGGUAGUUCGCUUUUCAAAAUGCAUUCAGGCAAUUUAAUAAAGAAAUUGAAUUACUGAAACUAGUGAGAACUCAGUUUUAAUUGAAUUACAUUUUGAUUGGUAAUGUCUUUUCUCAAAUGGGUCUUUUAUUUGUGUUGAUUGUAUUGUUUUACAGUUCAGACCUACUCCCUUUACUUGUAUGUAUAAAUCAACAGUUCAAUUAAAUAAAUUGAAAGUCCAUUAUGGCCAUUUCCUGCAUGAGUCAGCUAAAAUGGAACAGCAUUCUUGCAUACCUUUCAGUGGGAAAGAGGGUAUGAUGGAAUGGGAGAGUUCUCUGUAUAAGAUCAGUUGAUAAUGGAUUGUGUACUUGGAAUCUAUUUCUAAUGAACCAUUGUUCAUUUUUAUAUUUUCUUUGUUUCAAUUUUCAUGAAGGAUGAUAGAAGUGACAUCUUUAAUUACCUGGUUACAGGAAUCAAUUACAGUUGUAUUAUUUGGACAGAAUGUUUAUAAACAAUUCUUACUAGUUAACUAUGCUUGUGGACAUAAUCCAUGUCAUUUUUCUUUGGAUUUUUAAAAAUUGUUAUGCACUAAACCUGUCACUUGACAAUAAGUUCCAUUUUAUAGUCCCUUUGGAAUAGUACUACAAAACUUUUGACUCUUGUCCAUCUGCUCUUGUUCGUAUGGAUACUUUUACAGAAGCAGAGCAGACCUGACCACAAACUGGGGAAAGCCCCAGAUGGACAAUGGAGGUGGUGCUUUUCUUGCUAUUCAAGAGGUGGUGAUUGUUCUCUUCUGCGUGAGCAUCUGUGUUUCAUGAUGAUUCAAGGUUCCAUAUAAGGUUUAAAUAUGGAUUUCAUUUAUCCAAUUACAUAUUCCAAUAGGCAGCUUGAGAACAUGAAACACAUAUAUUAGCAAAUGUCAUUUUACAAGUGUGAAAAAUGCUUUGAUUUUCUUCCUAUGAUACUGCAAAACAAACUAACAAACCUUAUGAUUUUUAAUCUGCAUCUGGGUAAUGAGGCAAUGGUUACCAAAUAUUUUUGAACACUAUUCAGCCAACAUUAAGUAUUUCUGAAGCCAUUGGCUUCAGUUGAAAAUUAAGUGCUUGUUGCUUUUUUUCCUGUCAGAAAUGUUGGAUUUCCAAAUGUUUAAUUUUGCAGACUCUGCCAUUCUAUGCUUGCCACAAUAGCUUUUAUUUGAGAAACAGUACAAUUCUGUUGCAUUUUAAUUAGAAAGACAAAAAUUGUGUACAGUGUGACAUUUUCUCCUAAUGCAGAGUUUGGAACAGUAGGGUAUUUAUAAUGGCUUAAAUGAGUUGACUUAAUCAGACGUUGCUUUAUUCUUUGGAAAAUUAAUCUGUACUAUCAGAGAUUUGUGUUGGGUUUCACUUCAUGAAAAUUUUAUUCUUCUUACCACAUAGAAUGAAAUUGGUCAGUGGAAAAACACACAUUUUAAAGCCUCAUAAUUAACAAUGUGUGUUUUCCUGUUAAAAUUCACUUUAAGUAUAAUUUGUAAAAAAAAUUAAAACUAGGAGUGAAAACAGUAUUGUAAAAAACUAAUGAAUACUGUCUGGAUUUCACUUAUUUCUAGUUCCUACUGUAUAACAGUUGGGAGGUGGCAGUUAGACACAAACAAAUCCUCUAUUUUUAUAUUCUGGUUCUGUGGGCUCAACCUUUGUCACUAAUGUUUCUAGAAUUUAGACGUUUAAUUUAAUUUAUUCCUCCAUUUGAAAGAUUAUGUGAGGACUUGAAAUAUGUGAUGGAAGAGACUGCAUACUGCGCUCUUCCACAUGUUUUCAAUCCCAGACUUCCCUGAGGAGAGGUUUACGACAAAGGGGGGUAUAGUAUGUAUGUUUGUAUGUAGUAUGUAUGGGUCACUAAUGAUAUGGUGCAAUAUGCAUCAUUCUCUCCCUGUACAAAACUUUGAGCCAUUCUCCACUUACAAAUAGGUUUACACUUUAAAAAUGCUCAUAAUGUAAUUUCUUCAGUUGAUGUUUUUCACUUGGGAUUACAAUAGGGAAUAUCUCAUGAUUACUAUAUAAUGUUUUUAUUCUUGUGGUUUUUAGAUUCAGGUACUAAGCAGAUUUGCUGUACUCUGUUAAACCCUUACAUUUUACAGAUAUGUGGGAUCAUUUACUUUUUCUCAUUGUAAAGAAUUAGUUUUGAAAGACUAAUUGCAGCUGUAAAAGUGGUUACAGUAUGGUCUUCUUCCCAUUGACUUAUUGUCAGGGUGUAUCUGCUUCAUGUUUCAUCUUCAUAGUAUGUUGACAAAAAUACAAUUAUGUUAAUGGGGGCAAUCACAUGCAGGUUUUUUGCCUUGUUGUCUUCCCUUUGAAAACCAGGUAAGAACUGAAAGGGCUGUCUCUUUGUCAGUAGAAUUUGAAUACAGACACGUAUGUAUAUGGCAGGAAAGAGUCCAAGCGCUACUUCUGCUCAACUUUAGUUCAUUUCACUCAGAUGGAACCCCAUGUAAAUUCUAUUUAGAAAAACCCAACAGCAACAGUUAUUAUAUCCUUAGUGUCAAAAAACAGUUUCAGUGGAUGCAGUUUACAGAUAUGCUACAUCUAUUUACCUCAGGGGAAACUGCCCUUUUAGCAGGAAAAUAUUUUGCUGAAUUUAAAGUUAAAAGCAGUGCGCAGUUGAAACCUGUAAUGAAGCCCUAUACAUGUGCUAUGGGUUCUUAUUUGCUUUAAAUAAAGUUAAGAAAAAAAUAUAGAGUUGAAACAGAUGUGUUUCAUCCAUUAAAACUUCAGAAUUUAUGCAGCAAACUCAACAAAAUUGAAAUCUUUUGAAAAUAACGGUAACAAAGAAUAAACAAACUUGUCUUUUUGCUUUUCAUGUCCACUACAUUUGAUUUUAUUUUUAUUUUUAUGGGUUUUUUUGUUCUUUUGUACAUGUAAGAAAAUUAUUUGCAACUGAUAUCUUCUAACCAGGUAAAAAGAGGGAACUUUAAGGCUGUACCCAUAUUACAUCAAAUUAAAUGGAACUGGAUGACAGUUGUUGUUCUAGUAAUUGGUUAUUUAAUGUAAAUUCAUGGAUCUUGGUUGUUAUUCUGAACUGCCUAAAAUGUGUCUAUUAUUACAGAGUUUUAUUGUAUGAAUUAUUUAUUUUUCAUUGGACAUUUCAUUAGACAUUGGACAAAAUAAAAUUGAGUUUCACAAGUUUA